UGUAUUCAGCAUAUAAAACCCCGUCACUUAAGUUUGAAACUGCACUGCACGUCGAACGUUUCAUUCGUUGCUAACCAAGUCUCAUUUGCGUCGAAAAAAAAGAUGCGUAUACUGUUUGUCGCAAUCACUUUGUGUUCCGUGUUGCUAAUUGGACAAGCCAAUCCGCUAGAAGAUCAUGUCUCUUAUUCAGGAGUCCAGGUCUGGACAAUCACAAUUAGUUCUCCGGAAGAACGCCAUGGUCUAUCAAAAAUGAUAUCACAAUACGGACUCGAGGUGUGGAAGGAAGCCAGAUCCGAUAACCCCAAAACGGAUUUGUUAGUUCCAGUACAACACCAGAAAGAAUUGGGACUGAAGCUGAUGGAAGCCAAUAUUAAUUAUGUCAUCAAGAUCAAUGACUUGCAAGCUGUUAUCGAUAACGAAAACCCCAAUGCUAAGGCCAGUUCUUCUAACACAAGAUCAGCUCACAACAUGGACUGGACUAGCUACCAUCGGCUGGGCGAUAUCUACGGUUACAUGAGUUACCUGAAUGCCACUUACCCCGGCCUCGUUUCAUUAAUCAACAUCGGCGCCUCUUAUGAAAAACGGCCACUCUACGUUCUUCGAAUUUCUAACUCUUCUUGUAACGCCACAAAACCCGCCAUUUGGAUCGACGGAGGAAUUCACGCCCGAGAGUGGAUUUCACCAGCAGUGACAUCUUACAUCAUCCAACAGCUCGUCGAAGUGCAGGCGAAUGCGAAACUUUUGCUCAACGUUGAUUGGUACAUCAUGCCAGUCAUGAAUCCCGAUGGUUAUGAGUUUACGCACGUCUCCAAUCGGAUGUGGCGUAAAACUCGUUCCUUGUCAAGCCUAUCCAGCUGUCGAGGUGUUGAUCCGAACCGGAAUUUUGGUUACAAGUGGGGUGGUUUAGGAACGAGCACCAAUCCGUGUUCGGAUAUCUACAAGGGAACCAAAGCAUUCUCGGAGCCAGAGACUCUACUCACUUCCAAUUUUAUUCUGGGAAAAGCCAACAAAUUACUUUAUCUAACUAUACACAGUUACGGACAGGCUGCUUUAGUUCCGUGGGGGUAUGACGUGGCUUAUCCAAGUGAUUACGCCGACAUGUUGGCACUAGCGAAAAGCGCCACUUCUACAUUCCGCAAAUACAAAUUUUCCGUUGGUAAUUCAGCCGCACUUUACUACCCGGCUGCAGGUGGUUCGGAUGACUGGGCCAAAUCGGUUGGCAUCAAGUACAGCUACACUUUCGAGCUGGCCGACAAAGGCACAUACGGAUUUCUCUUACCGUCCUCCAACAUUUUACCGGUGGCCCAGGAUUUUUUCCCUGCGCUGGAUGUUUUUGCUACUAAAAUAGCAACUUUGAAAGUUUAACCCGCGAUAACCGUCAAAAUUACAUUUUACCAGGUGGUGGUGGCAUUGAAUUUUCUGGUUUCUGUCCAACUGAAUUUUGCAUUGCGUCAAAUACAUGGGCGAAGUUUAGAAUAGCAAUAUAUCCUCGA